UAGUUUAUGGUUAAUGGUAUGUUAUAUGUUUAGCAUAUUUCAGUUUGUUUUGAAAUACUGGGAUAUACCUUUUUUUUUUUUUGACGUUUUCAUCCUUUUGGGGAUUGUAUGUUUCUAGAAUGCUUUCAUUGUCUGCUGUGAUGAAGCUGUUUUGCUUCUUACUCUUUUUAAAACUUAUUUUUGUGUGAUGUUGGCCUCAGUACUUUUUGUGGCUCAUUUUUCUAUGACUUUGGCUUUUCUGAGUGUUCAGAAGGGAGGCUUGGUUUAGAAUCAUUCUCUAAGGGCAGUGUUGCGGGGCUCUUUCCUGUGUGGUUUUUAGGAAGUCUUAAACCUGCAGCAGCUUAUUUUCUGAUUUCUCUGGGCUCUCUUCUCCCCUCCCACCUUUAAUUAGCUUUCAUGCUCCUUUGUCUCCAGUUUCCAUGCCCGCACAUUUUGUGUUCAGUUCCAGGCCAUUUCUUUUUAAUGUAUUUGGCCUAAAAGGGAGCUUUGGACAAUGUGUUUUGAGAGGUCGUAGGGUCCAGAACACUCUGGCCUCUGGGUUAGCCCUGCAGGCCCCUGUGUGUGUCUCCUGGUGGGUCCGGCAGCUGCUGCUCUGGCCCGGCUCCUGCUUCCCUCUGCCUCCUCCGUCCUAUGCCCGCCUGCCCUGCUGAGCUUGUGGCUUCCAGUGUCCCCAUCUGCUCGUAUUUAGGGUUCUUGAGGACUAUCCUGUCGCCUCGUUCUUUUGUCAGUGUUGGCCUGGAGUUUGGCUUUGCUAUGGUUGGAGCUCUGUGUGUCUGUAUGGGAGGAUUCGGGGAGAUGAAACGUCUGUCUCAUUCCGUCUUUCCUGAGUGGGACUUUUUAGAGGUUCAGCGCUGGUCCCUCUGAGGUUUUGUGUUUCCCUGUCCAGUUUUGUCAUCAGCUCUGUUUUUCGUUAAGGACAGUUACUUGAUGUUUUCUCAGUUCAUCUAAUCUUGUAUCAAGUUACAAGGUGCCUUUGCUGUUUUAUUGGUCAUACAUGUGAUCACACAUUUAUGAAAAAUAUUGCCUUUACUCUAUAAAAAUAAGAUUUAGGACAAUGCUUGGCUCCUCCUUCCACACAUUGUUAUCUCCAAGAAAUUCCAGAGCUGUUGCCAUUUCAGCGGUGAAAUGUGACCAGCAGCCGGCCCCGCUGUGAGUUGAACUCUUGCGUGUUGACCGGCCCCUCUCCUGCUCUCUGGAUGAUGUCGGAACACGACCUGGCGGAUGUGGUUCAGAUCGCAGUGGAAGACCUGAGCCCUGACCACCCAGGUACAGAGCUGUGGGACAUUGUUUUGGAGAAUCAUGUAGUGACAGAUGAAGACGAACCUGCUUUGAAACGCCAGCGACUAGAAAUCAAUUGCCAGGAUCCCUCUAUAAAGUCAUUCCUGUAUUCCAUCAACCAGACAAUCUGCUUGCGGCUGGACAGCAUUGAGGCCAAGCUGCAGGCGCUGGAGGCUACGUGUAAAUCCUUAGAAGAAAAGCUGGACUUGGUCACCAACAAGCAGCACAGCCCCAUCCAGGUGCCCAUGGUGGCCGGCUCCCCUCUCGGGGCAACGCAGACGUGCAACAAAGUGCGAUGCGUCGUCCCCCAGACUACAGUAAUACUCAACAAUGAUCGGCAGAACGCCAUUGUAGCCAAGAUGGAAGACCCCUUGAGCAACAGGGCACCGGAUUCCCUGGAAAAUGCCAUUAGCAAUGCUGUGCCUGGGCGUCGGCAGAACACCAUUGUGGUGAAGGUGCCGGGCCAAGAAGACAGCCACCACGAAGACGGGGAGAGUGGCUCGGAGGCCAGCGACUCUGUGUCCAGCUGCGGACAGGCCGGCAGCCAGAGCAUCGGGAGCAACGUCACCCUCAUCACCCUCAACUCGGAAGAGGAUUACCCCAACGGCACCUGGCUGGGCGACGAGAACAACCCCGAGAUGCGGGUGCGCUGCGCCAUCAUCCCGUCCGACAUGCUGCACAUCAGCACCAACUGCCGCACGGCCGAGAAGAUGGCGCUCACGCUGCUGGACUACCUGUUCCACCGCGAGGUGCAGGCCGUGUCCAACCUCUCGGGGCAGGGCAAGCACGGGAAGAAGCAGCUGGACCCGCUCACCAUCUACGGCAUCCGGUGUCACCUUUUCUAUAAAUUUGGCAUCACGGAAUCCGACUGGUACCGAAUCAAGCAGAGCAUUGACUCCAAGUGUCGCACGGCGUGGCGGCGCAAGCAGCGGGGCCAGAGCCUAGCGGUCAAGAGCUUCUCGCGGAGAACGCCGAACUCAUCCUCCUACUGCCCCUCAGAGCCGAUGAUGAGCACCCCACCGCCCGCCAGUGAGCUCCCGCAGCCACAGCCGCAGCCGCAGGCGCUGCACUACGCCCUGGCCAACGCGCAGCAGGUGCAGAUCCACCAGAUCGGAGAAGACGGACAGGUGCAAGUAAUCCCACAGGGACACCUCCACAUCGCCCAGGUGCCACAGGGGGAGCAGGUCCAGAUCACGCAGGACAGCGAGGGCAACCUCCAGAUCCACCACGUGGGGCAGGAUGGUCAGGUGCUGCAGGGUGCCCAGCUGAUCGCCGUGGCCUCCUCGGAUCCUGCGGCGGCGGGUGUGGACGGGUCACCACUCCAGGGCAGCGACAUCCAGGUUCAGUACGUGCAGCUGGCGCCGGUGGGCGACCACACGGCCGGGGCCCAGACAGCCCAGGCCCGCCUGCCUCGGCUUGUGCUCAGGGACGCAUGCUGGCCCCUCGUGCCAUUCCAGACAGUGCUGCGGGAGGGCGUGAGACCCUGUGCCUGGGCAUCUAGAUGCGGGGCCGUGCUUCGGCAUCCUGCUGCAUUCUGAGUUUCUGGUCACUUUCCAGGUUUCAGAAUUGGAGAAACCUGUGUCCCACGGUUGAUCUUUACACCCCUAGCUUCCUGUAAGCUUUCUCUGUCACCGUGGCCUGCCUGGCAGGCCCCACGUGAACGCUCUAAUUAGGAUCCAUCUUAAAGGCUAAGGAAGACACCUGCUUACCGCGCUGCUUUUCCCGCAGAAAACCCCAGUGUGGCUGGACUUGCCUGUCGGAGGCGUGGCGGCUGCAGGUUGUGUUAGCUCGUCACCAAGGGCCCAGCUGUCUUUCCUACCAUCUCAGCUUGUCCUCAGGCUAGCUCUGCCUUCCUAGGAAGUGACCCCAGGCCUUCAUGGUGACCCUGCAGGCAUGACUGCACCCAGCAGAGACCGGUUUCUGGUUGAGUCUCAUCCACACGAAGCCCCCACUCCCAGCUGUGCUCAGGAAUUGCAUUACAUCUUUUGUUGGUCAGAGCAGAGCUACACACAUGAGCUAAUUCUAGGAAAACCUGUGGCUCGGCUGUGAGGGCCUGGCUCUGAGGAGAAGGGGUUCCCUUAGGAGGGAAGGCAAGUGGCUGGCCUGUGGGGUGGCCAGUCCUCAAAGUGGAGCGUGGGCCUGUCCCUGGAGCUGUGGGUUGGGAGGGUAGGGGGUGCCAUUUGUGGGGGAAGACACAUCUUCAUACGGGGUGGCCUGUGGUGUCACAGGCUCCGUGAGCCAUCUGUAGCAGGGGCAGUGCCUCCGCCAGCCUCUGCCUGGAACACGGGCUGGCCACCGUCCUUGGAUGGCAAGUGCGUCUCUCUCGGCCAGCCCAGACCUGUGCCCCGCUGUCCCCAGACACCCGCGCCCCCAACUGCUUCUCUGGCUGUCCAGGGGAAGGGGCUUUGCAUCCCAGGCAGUGGCCCUCCUACCCCAGCCUCCUGUGGCCUGAAGCCACCCACCCCAGGGCCCUGACGUGGCUCCUCCUUUCCAUCUCAGGUUCACCCCUUUCCAUGAGGCCUUUCCCCUUAAGCCUUUCCGGCUGUGGCCGGGCUCUCGGGAGACAAUCCCUGUGCUGGCCCCUCAUCCUGUCCCAGAAGGCGCCUCCUUCAUCUGGGGAAUACUGUGUUGAGUGUCAUUUGACACUUGUCUUGAAAAAGCACAGCCUCAUCUGGACACAGUGGCUCAUGCCUGUAAUCCCAGUGCUUUGGGAGGCCGAGGCAGGGGCAUUGCUUGAGCCCAG